GGUGUGCCGAGCGCCAGCGUCGCCCGGCUUUAUAAUCCGCCCAGGGGCGAGAGGCGGGAGCCCCAGUGCGCGUCCAGCACAGCGCAGCGGCUCAGCGCACCAUGGUCUUCCCAGCGCGGGGCUGCCCCGGGCCGCUCGUGCGGCAGCUCGUCUUGCUGCUGCUGCUGGCCGGACUGCUGCUGUCGCCCGCCCAGGCCCUGCCCAACGAGCUGCUGCCCGGGGACUUUCCCUCAGACGAGAAAGGGGCUGCAGACUUCGCCAAGAGCUACAACUCCACAGCGGAGACCGUCCUGUACCAGAGCACCUUAGCUAGCUGGAAUUACAAUGUCAACAUCACCGAAGAGAACGCAAAGCGGCAGGAAGAAGCAGACCUAUUUUCUCAAGAAUUCACCGAGGCAUGGGGUCUGAAGGCCAAGAAGUUGUUUGACCCCAUCUGGAAGAACUUCACUGACCCCCUGCUUCAAAAGAUCAUAAAUUCUAUUCAGACCCUGGGCUCCGCCAAUCUGCCCCUAGACCAGCGUCAGAAGUACAAUACCUUGCUGAGCAAAAUGACCAGCAUAUAUUCUUCAGCCAAGGUCUGCUUUCCCAACAAGACUGCCACCUGCUGGGCCCUGGAACCAGAGCUUACAGAAAUCAUGGCAUCAUCAAGGAGCUACAGUAAGCUGCUGUUUGCUUGGGAGGGCUGGCACAAUGCUGUAGGGAUUCCUCUGAAACCUGAAUAUCAAUCUUAUGUCAAUCUCAGCAACGAGGCUUCCAAGAUGGAUGGCUUUGAGGAUACAGGAGCAUACUGGCGUUCUUGGUAUAAUUCACCUACAUUCGCGGAAGACCUAGAACGACUGUAUCAACAGCUGGAACCACUCUACCUGAAUCUCCAUGCUUUUGUACGCCGUGGCUUGCACCGCCGCUAUGGAGACAAGUACAUCAAUCUCCGUGGCCCCAUUCCUGCUCAUCUUCUGGGAAACAUGUGGGCACAGAGUUGGGAAAACAUCUAUGACAUGGUGGUUCCUUUCCCGAACAAGCCCAAUCUAGAUGUCACCAAUACCAUGGUGCAGAAGGGCUGGAACGCCACACACAUGUUCCGUGUUGCUGAAGAAUUCUUUACGUCCCUGGGACUACUGCCUAUGCCUCCGGAGUUCUGGGCCGAGUCCAUGCUGGAGAAGCCGACUGAUGGACGAGAGGUGGUAUGCCAUGCCUCUGCCUGGGACUUCUACAACAGGAAAGAUUUUAGGAUUAAGCAGUGUACAAGAGUGACCAUGGACCAGCUGUCCACUGUACAUCAUGAGAUGGGCCACAUACAGUAUUACCUUCAGUACAAAAAUCAGCCUGUUUCCCUGCGAGGGGGUGCCAAUCCUGGUUUCCACGAAGCCAUCGGGGAUGUGCUAGCCUUAUCGGUCUCCACACCUGCUCAUCUAAACAAAAUCGGCCUGUUGGACAAAGUUAUCAAUGACAGUGAAAAUGACAUCAACUACCUGUUGAAGAUGGCACUAGAAAAGAUCGCCUUCUUGCCCUUUGGUUACCUGGUGGACCAGUGGCGUUGGAGGGUCUUUAGUGGGCUCACAACACCAUCUCAGUACAACUCUGAUUGGUGGUACCUUCGGACUAAAUACCAGGGCAUCUGCCCUCCCAUAUCCCGGAAUGAAACCCACUUCGACGCUGGAGCAAAGUAUCAUGUCCCAGCUGUAACACCAUACAUCAGGUAUUUUGUGAGCUUUGUCCUGCAGUUCCAGUUCCACAAAGCUCUGUGUGCUGAGGCGGGCUACAACGGGCCCCUGCACUACUGUGACAUCUAUCAAUCUCAAAAGGCUGGUGACAAACUCAGGGAGGUCCUGCAAGCAGGUGCUUCUCGGAGCUGGCAGGAGAUACUUAAAGGGAUGACAGGCACAGAGUCUCUGGAUGCAGGACCACUUCUUGAAUACUUCCAGCCUCUCAUCAAUUGGCUGCAGCAACAGAACCAGAAUAAUGGCGAGGUCCUGGGCUGGCCUGAAUUUGAGUGGCGUCCUCCAGUGCCAGAUGGCUAUCCAGAGGGCAUCGACAAGCUGACUGAUGAAGCAGAGGCUGAGAAGUUCCUUGAGGAAUGUGACCGGUUGGGACAAGGCAUAAUAAAUGCAUACGUAGAGGCCAGCUGGGCUUACAACACAAACAUCACCGAGGAAAAUAGCAAGAUUAUGUUGGAAAAGAAGCUGGAAUUGUCUUCUUUCACCCUACAAUAUGGCACCCGUGCCCGCCAGUUUGACAUCAGCAGUUUCCAGAACUCAACAGUGACACGACUCCUAGGAAAGCUUCAAGAUUUAGGCCAGGCAGCCCUGUCUCCAACAGAUUUGGAUAAGUACAAUAAUAUCCUGUUGAAGAUGCAGUCAUCUUACAGUACAGCCAAAGUGUGCCGGCAAGGUAGUUCCUGUUUACCACUGGAGCCUGAUUUGACGGAGUUGAUGGCUUCAUCCCAGGACUAUGACAACCUGCUAUGGGCUUGGAAGGGUUGGAGGGAUACGGCAGGACGGGCUAUUCUUCCCCACUUCUCGGAGUAUGUGGAGCUUAGCAACAAGGCUGCCCAGCUCAAUGGCUAUGCUGAUUCUGGAGCUUCCUGGAGAGCCCAGUAUGAAAAACCUUCCCUGGAGCAGGAUCUGGAGAAAAUCUAUCUGGAACUGCAGCCCCUCUACCAGAACCUCCAUGCCUACGUCCGCCGGGCUCUAUACCGUCAUUAUGGACCCAACCACAUCAACCUUCAGGGGCCCAUUCCUGCUCAUCUGUUAGGCAAUAUGUGGGCUCAGACCUGGUCCAAUAUCUAUAAGUUGGUGGUACCGUUCCCUUCUGCCAGCCAGGUGGAUGCUACUCCAGCUAUGAAGAAACAGGGCUGGACUGUGCGGAGGAUGUUUGAAGAGGCAGAUAAAUUCUUCCAGUCCCUUGGUCUGCUGCCCCUGACCCCUGAAUUCUGGAAUAAAUCAAUGCUGGAGAAGCCAAAUGAUGGCCGAGAAGUGGUGUGCCAUGCUUCUGCCUGGGAUUUCUACAAUGGCAAAGACUUCAGAAUCAAACAGUGCACAACAGUGAAUAUGGAGCAUCUCAUCGUCAUCCACCAUGAGAUGGGCCAUGUGCAGUAUUUCAUGCAAUACAAAGACCAACCUAUAGCCUUCCGAGAGGGUGCUAAUCCAGGUUUCCAUGAGGCUAUCGGAGAUGUGCUGGCUCUCUCUGUCGCCACCCCCAAGCACUUACACAGUAUUGGUCUGCUGGAUAAUGAGGGCGAGGGCUACGAGAGUGAGAUCAACUAUCUGAUGAGUGUCGCACUGAACAAGAUUGCCUUCCUCCCUUUUGGGUACCUUAUUGACCAAUGGCGCUGGCGGGUGUUCGAUGGGAGCAUCAACAAGAAAGAUUACAACCAGGAGUGGUGGAGCCUCAGGCUAAAGUACCAGGGUCUCUGUCCACCAGUGCCCAGGACACAAGAAGACUUUGACCCAGGCGCCAAGUUCCACAUACCUGCAAAUGUACCCUAUCUCAGAUACUUUGUCAGUUUUGUGAUUCAGUUCCAGUUCCACGAGGCCCUGUGCCGAGCUGCUGGUCACACAGGUGCACUGCACAAGUGUGAUAUCUAUCAAUCAAAGGAGGCAGGGAAGCUCUUGUCGGAUGCUAUGAAACUAGGACUCAGUAAGCCCUGGCCAGAGGCUAUGAUGCUCCUUACGGGACAGCCUAACAUGUCAGCUACAGCUAUUGUGAAAUACUUCCAGCCCCUGCUGGACUGGCUCAUCACCAAGAACAAGGAACAGGGAGAGACCCUGGGAUGGCCUCAGUAUGACUGGACUCCAUAUUCUGGUGCCUCCAGAGCCCCCAACAGUGGCAAAGUCAGCUUCUUGGGAAUGGAGCUGACGUCUGGGCAGGCUAAAGCAGGGCAGUGGAUACUGCUUGUUCUGGGCCUGGUAUUCCUUAUGGCUAUAAUAGGCUUGGCCUAUAAAACGUAUAAACUCAAAAGUCGACAAGAGCCUUGUUUUGGCUCUGAGGUGGAGCUGAGACACUCCUGAGACUGAUCCUGGACUGAAAGGAAAUGGAAAACCAUGUGGAGAGAAGAAGGGGAGAUGGUGAAGGGGAGAAAUGGAAGACAUGCUGAGGACCGAGCCUUGGCUAUUAAGGACUCAGGGAACUCAGUCCACUUGGACUCUGGACCUCAUUCUAUUUCUACUCUGCCCCACCUUCUUUUUAUUCUUUACCACUUUCUUUCUCUUUCUUCCUUCUCACUUUCUUCCUCUUUUCUGCCUUCUCCCUUUCUUCACUUCCUCUGAGAUUUCUUUUUUUCUUCCUGGCUUCUUCACUAUGCUAGAUGCAUUAGAACUUCAUUCAACAGGCAACACGAGAGGUACCUCACCAAACACUCCUUCCAUGGUAGAUAUCUAAAGGGGGAUGGAGUUGAAUUGGGGGAGAAACCUUGUUUUUUUCCCUGUGGCUUGUUAAUAAAAUCUCCUUAGGUAUGCUUAGAAGAGCCUUUUCCCUUUCAAAGAUUCCCACUACCAAGAAUCUAUGUGAAUGAAAUGAAAGGUUCUAUUUAAUUUUAACUAAGCUGUGUCCCAUUCCCUAAUCUCUACUGCCCCCAAAAUAGUAAGCACUACCUUGGGAGAUGGGACUUGUAAUACCUGAAGGCUGCAAGCCUCCACUCUUCUCCUAUUCAUAUCCUACUUUUCCCAAACAUCUACUGUCUAUUCUGAAUCAUCCUCCUACAGAGGAGAUACAGGAAAUAUUAAAAAGAACAGAAAUAGUCUUUCAGCCACCCCCACCUGGCACCUUUUUUAUUAUGCUGUAUUGAAAUCACUACUUUCCCUCUAGUUAACCAUCUCUUCAGACCACCUGGGCCUCUGUGGUACAGGUCAAAGGAAAACAGGGGACCCUCUUACCUUGGGGAUCAAAAGUCCCAGCUACACACUGCCUACCAGGAAAAAGGGUUACACAUCCUGACUUUAGUAUGACCUCCAGGAAGAGAAUUUAGAGAGAUAUGGAUCAAACUGAGGAGGGAAACUCUUAGAUACAGAGCUUCUGGAAAGUGAUAACUGUCUGGGUGACUGGGAUUUGUCUGGGGGUGAGAAGAGUGGCCAAAAAAAAAGUGCCAGCACUUUGUGUCCUUCAGUAACAGAAAGAACUAGCUUAGCAGAUUAUUCAGAAAAAGUAAAACAGGAAGAUACAAGCUGGGAGCUCCCUCUAUCCAGGCAGCCACAUCUGGCUUUUCAUUAGCCCAGCCCUACCAUCAUCUUUGGCAAUCUCUUCCCCAGCAGUGGUCUUGGUGUCCUGGUAUUUUUGCUACAACACCUCAACAGAAUUGAGGAAAAGUGUUGUGCUAUUUGCCCAGAACACAAAAACAAUUAAAUGCGUCCUGUUUCCUGCUGAAAUUAAAAGUGCCUUGUCAUUGCCACUGUUCUAUUGUGAAAAGUGCCCAGAAUGUGAUUGUGAAUUUGCAUGCCUUGUAUACCCUUCUUGGAAAAUCCCUGUUGACCUCAAGUCCUUACUCCUCACUCCCCUGAGACUCAAUCCAUCCCACUGCUCAAUCCAAACUAGUUCUGUGACCUGAGUGGAGUAGAGAUGGGGCUGGAGGUAGUCCCAGGGUCUACUUGGUGAGUUGUCAUUAAACCCUGACUCCUUAGGGGAAGGAGACUCUGCUAGCAAAGGGAGACAGCCCAAGAUGUAAAUGAGACUGAGAAGUGUGUGAGAUUUAUCUGAUUCCCUGGCCUCAAGUACUCUUUCAGUCCCUUAUAGUUCUAUGUCUAAUAAAUUGAAAUUAGACAUUUAGGGAGCAGAGCACCCUGCCAAGAUGUGGGGGGCACAGGAGACAUAGUCUAUUCCAGGCCUUGUGGUGCCAAUUAUAGUUCACUCCAGAAUGCCUUUUACUUAAGGUCUUAAUGAACAAGUGCCAGAGAUGUUGCUGGCAUUCCUGUCUCUGGCAUUAUUUUCUACUUCCACUACUCAACCCUAGAAGGAUGCUUAACCCCAUAAAAAAAUCUGAAGUGAUGGCAGGGUCCUUUCCUCAGCUCCAGCUGCAGUGAUACUCAGACUUUUGCUGAAAAAUAAAUGUUCAUUUGUUUUCCAUUCUGUAAAUAAAUGAAUGGAAGAAUAAACAAUUUAAGCAUUAUAUUCCAAGCCCUGUGCUAUGCACCAAGCAUACAAACACAGGCAAAAGUAGUCCCUGCCCUCAGAUAUUCUAACAAAGUGACAAGAUUUUGGCUAGGUAAGUUACAGAAAUAGGAACAGGUGGAAAAGGUGAAGACAAUCAUUGUAGGAGCAAUGAUAAAAUUAAUAGAACUAUGGUUCAAGCAUGGUUCACUGGCAAGUAUAAUUGUCAUUUUUUUGUCAAGAAGAUGGUCUGGGAAGUGAAAUGAAGUAUUGCUUUAGGUAGGCCCAGAUGUAGUCACCUUAAAAAACUAUGAAUGAAAAUGGGGGCUUGAGGGCAGAUUUUGAAUAUUGCUCCAGAAAGUAACUAUCCUAAGCAGCCAGAAUUUAGUGAGAUGAUGGUUAAGGAAUAGAGUGGACCUAUUUCCUGGACACUUCAGGAGACUAGCUGUUUCUUUAAAAACCAGCCAAUGACUUGAUUUCUAAAAUUUUCCCCAUGGGUUCACAAGUGCUAUGAGGAUAAAAAUCUUUGUAUUCGAUUCUGUCCCUAUUCAGGAUCUCAAUAAAUUUCACAAUAAAAAUAUUUAAAACUCCCAA